AUGGAGUUUCUUGGGACCACACAGACUGCCAGCUACUGUGGCACAAAGAGGAGCUGCCUGUUCCCUGACCCAGCUCCCACCAGCACCACCAAGGACAGCUAUCAGUCCUACUACCUCCCCGGCUACCGCUACCUCAACUCAUGGAGGCCCAGCCUGUUGUACAAGGUGUCUUCAGUCCCUUCCAGCUCUGAUGAUCAGCUUAAUCCUGUGAGGCGGCCACCCACCGUGCUGCCAUCGCUGCGAUCUGCCCUGCAUGCCCGCUACAGCACUCAUGACUGGCACCAGGCAAACCUGGUCCAGUUGACAGGGUCCGAAGCCUCCAGGAACUGGGCUGGUAAGCUGAACACUGAUUCAAUGCGACUGAUGCAAGACAAGGACCAAUUGACUUACCAGAUGCAAGAAGAUAGCAGAAGAAACCUAGGAGAGAGGCUCUGCAACCUCGAUUUCUGGAGGGAGACCCAUGCCUUGGAGAUAGCAAAGAAGCGACUUGAAUGUGCUGCAGAUGAAAUGGAAGGACCACUGAAGGUAGCCCUAGAGUGCUUGUACAACCGUGAGAAGCGGAUGGGUAUAGACUUAGUUCAUGAUGAUGUGGAAAAGAGCCUCAUAAAGGAGGUAGAUCUACUCAAGGAUUGGCAAGCAAGAACGAGAAAACUUGCAGAAACAAUCGGUCAACAGUUGGGUAUCAACAGAGAUGUACAGCACGCCCUGGAGCAGGAUCUUUCUGACAAAAAUUCAGCCCAUUUUAUUGAUGAAAAAUGUUUUAACCUGAGGAACACAUCAGACAGCAUCAGCUUUUACCAUGGAGUGGAGAAAAUAGAUGGAACUGUUUCAGUUCCAGAAACAUGGGCUAAAUUCAGUGAAGACAAUAUCAGGUCCUCUCAGCAUGCAAGGGCCAACUCCAUCAGGCUCCGGGACAAGACAGAGGCUGCAUUGGAGAAUGCAUCUGAGGAGACGUGGAGUCGUUUCACGAGUACCAACUUGGCUUUUAAUCAUCGCAUUUCUGAAGUAGCUAAUGCAAAGAACAAACUCCAAGCUCAACUAGCCAAGACACUUCAAGAAAUCUUUCAGACAGAAAAUACUAUCAUGUUACUGGAGAGAUCUAUAAUGGCAAAGGAGUACCCACUGAAAGUGGCUCAAACCCGCCUGGAGGGAAGAACUAAACGGCCCAAUAUAGAACUUUGCCGUGAUGCACCUCACUUUCAGCUUGUCAAUGAAGUUUUUACUAUAGAUGACACCUUACAGACCUUAAAGCAACGUCUGCAAGAGGCCCGUGAUACUCUGCAGAUGUUGGUCCUCAACAAAUCAAAGCUGGAACAUGAACUUUCUGUGAAAACAAACUCCUUCAUCAUUGAUAAGAAGUGUAUGGACACGCGCAAAACCUUCCCCAGCACCCCACGGCUAGUUGGCUACACUUGA